AUGCUUAGGUUACUCUCUCUGAGAGGUAGGUGGAGGUCAUGGUCUUAUGGCGGCGGCUAUGCAAAUUGGGCUGGGGGAGGUGGAAUUUCCCUCUUGUCUGGUCGCUGGGAGAUUGAGUGCUGCGGGGUUCCUCGUAGUCGACAUUUCAAAUUUAGGGGUGGUGGUGAGUCUGUGUUGCGAGGAGUUUCUCGCGGCAAAUAUGAGGGAUCUCGGUCAUUCGGGAUUGAGGAUGGCUGGACAGGAAUGGAUCCGGUGAGUGGUGUUGGUCGCGAGGUCGCGCAGUGGAGAGCCGGGCGGAGAUCUUCCUCAUGUGUUCUUGCUAUGUUGAGUGGCUGGGUGCUGUCGGCGAAUGGUGACAUAGAUGAUGAUUGCGACGCUGGGCUAGCAAUGGCUCCACCGAUCUGUGCCGGAGUAAAGUUGGCUAGUGUUGGGAGCGGCGACGAUGGCGGUGGGCGGUGGUGGAAGUCUUCCUCGGCCGGCGCCGUCGAAUGGAGGUGGAGGCUGGUUUGGGUGGCCUUAGCAAGUCCAGUUGGGCUUUGA